AUGGGGCUAAGGCUAACCAGCCUUUUGCUACUAUGGCUGGCUGUCUGCUAUGCAAGUCAAAUUAAAACAGGAAGAAAUCCUAACCAUGGCCAAUAUGUCUGCAGUACCUGGGGGAACAACCACUUCAAAACGUUUGAUGGUGAUUUCUACCAGUUUCCUGGUGUCUGUGAAUACAAUUUUGUUUCUGAUUGCCGAGAGUCCUACAAGGAGUUCUCUGUCCAUAUCCAGCGUGAACUGAAUGAACAAGGGCAUCCUGACAUCCAAUAUGUCCUUGUCACAGUUAAGGAUGUUACCAUCUAUCUCACUGAAACACUGGUUGUGGUGAAUGGGCAAAUUGCAAAGACUCCAUACCACAAUUCUGGUCUUCUCAUUGAGAAGAAUGAGAUAUCUACUAAAGUCUAUGCCAGAACUGGUCUGGCACUGAUAUGGAACAGAGAAGAAGCCUUGAUGGUUGAACUUGACACCAAGUUCCAAAAUUAUACAUGUGGUCUUUGUGGAGAUUAUAAUGGCCAGCAGAUUUACAAUGAAUUCAUCUCGAAUGGACUGAAAUACAACCCAAUCACAUUUGGAAAUCUACAGAAGAUUAAUAACCCAAAAGUAGAAUGUGAAGAUCCUGAUGAGACAAAACCUAUACAACUUUGUAACCAACAUCGUGAUGAGUGUGAGAAGCUGCUGACUUCUUCUGCUUUUGAUGACUGCCAGUCCCAUCUGAAUGUGGAGCAGUAUAUUCAAGCUUGCAUGCAGGACAGGUGUGCCUGCCAGAAAACAGAAGACUCCUUCUGUGCCUGCAGCACCGUUUCAGAGUUUUCCCGUCAAUGUUCCCAUGCUGGUGGCAAGCCUCAGAACUGGAGGACACCCCAACUGUGUCCUAAAUCAUGUCCUGGAAACAUGGUCUACCUGGAAAGUGGCUCGCCCUGUAUGGACACCUGUUCCCAUCUGGAUAUCAGCAGACUAUGUGAAGAACACUAUAUGGAUGGCUGUUUUUGCCCAGAAGGCACUGUAUAUGAUGACAUUACUGGGAAAGGAUGUGUGCCCACAAGCCAAUGUUACUGUAAACAUCAAGGAACGGUAUUUUCCCCUGGUCAAAACAUCACAAAUGAGUGUGAAAGCUGCAUCUGUGAUUCAGGCAGAUGGAUAUGCCAGGACUUACCCUGUCCAAGUACUUGUGCACUUGAGGGUGGAGCUCACAUUACCACUUUUGAUGGGAAGAAAUAUACCUUCCAUGGAGACUGCUACUAUGUUCUGGCUAAGAGCAGUACAAAUGACUCACAUGUCCUUUUGGCAGAACUGGGCCCAUGCAGCGCUACAGAAAAGCAGACAUGCCUCAAGACAGUAGUGUUGCUCAUAGACCACAAGCAAAAUAUUAUAGUGUUCAAAUCUGAUGGCACUGUGUUACUGAAUGAAAUGGAGGUUCACUUGCCUCAUGCAGCAGCCACCUUCUCAAUUUUCCAACCAUCUUCCUAUUUCAUGAUUGUACACACGUAUUUUGGCCUCAAGCUGCAGAUCCAGUUGGCUCCAGUUAUGCAGUUGUUUGCUGUUGUGGAUCAAUCUGCUAAGGGAAUACUUCAAGGUCUUUGUGGAAAUUUCAAUGGGAUAGAAAGUGAUGACUUCAAAACAUCCGGUGGAUUGGUUGAAGCGACAGGGACAUCUUUUGCUAAUACCUGGAAAGCUCAGGCCAGCUGUGCCGACAAAGUGGAAUCCUGGGAACACCCUUGCACUCUUAGUGUUGAAAAUGAAAAUUAUGCUGAACACUGGUGCUCUUUACUGAAAAGUACAGAAUCUGCUUUUGCCAGAUGUCACUCAGUCAUUGAUCCAGCAGAUUAUUACAAGCGCUGCAAGUAUGAUACGUGCAACUGUAACUCCCAGGAAGAAUGUUUGUGUGCUGUGCUAUCAUCUUAUGCAAGAGCUUGUGCUGCCAAAGGAGUCAUGUUGUUGGGUUGGAGAGAUGGUAUUUGCAACAAUGAAGUAUCCUCCUGCCCGGCCACUCAGGUUUUCCAUUACAAUAUGAACACAUGCCAGCGAACCUGCCGCUCAAUCUCAGAGGGUGAUAAGCAGUGUCUGGAAGGUUUCACUCCAGUAGAUGGCUGUGGUUGCCCUGAUGACACUUACCUGAACGAGAAAGACAUUUGUGUGCCAAUAUCCAAGUGCUCCUGCUAUUACAAAGGCUCAUAUGUGCAGGCUGGUGAUAUUGUCAUGAAACAGGAUGCACGCUGUGUUUGCAAAAAUGGAAAGUUUAACUGUGUAUCAGUGGGAACAGGAGAACAUGAUUGCCCAAACAAUAAGAUAUAUUUAAACUGCAGCUCUGGAUCAUCCAAACCAUCACUGCAGGCUACCUGCCAAACCCUGGGCACUGAUCAUUUCCAGACAGAAUGUAUCCCAGGAUGUAUCUGCCCUGAGGGUUUGCUUGAUGAUGGCAAAGGCCUAUGUGUUGAAGAAGAGAACUGCCCAUGCAUUCAUAACAAGGAUUUUUAUUCCACUGGAGAUAAAAUAAGAGUUGAUUGUAACACAUGUACUUGCCAAAAAGGAAGCUGGAGAUGUACCACCAAUGUAUGUUAUGGCACAUGCAUCAUUUAUGGAAGUGGCCAUUACAUUACCUUUGAUGGAAGAAACUAUGACUUCGAUGGUAACUGUGAAUAUGUGGCUGCACAGGAUUAUUGUGGCAACAAACAUUCAGAGGGAACAUUUAGUGUCAUCACAGAGAAUGUCCCAUGUGGAACUACAGGAGUGACUUGCUCCAAGGCCAUUAAGUUGUUUUUAGGGAACACUGAGCUAAAGCUGGAAGAAAAAGAAAUAGCCAACAUUAAACUGAAUGCAAGUGGCAACAUAACUCCUUGGUCUUAUCAGAGAGUUGGCCUGUACAUCGUAAUUGAGAUUGGCAAUGGUAUUAUGCUUGUCUGGGACCAGAAAACUACCAUUUUCAUCAAGCUGGCACCACAUUAUAAAGGAAACGUCUGUGGCUUAUGUGGUAAUUUUGACGACAAGGCCAGCAAUGACUUUACAACAAGGAGUAUGGUUCAAGAAGAUAAUCCACUGACAUUUGGAAAUUCAUGGAAAAAGGACAGUCUGUGCCCUGAUGUGGACACUGUCAUUCAGCCCUGUGAGAAGAAACCGCACCGUAAAGCUUGGGCAGAGAAGGAGUGCAGUCUCAUCAAAAGUUCUGUUUUUGUAUCAUGUCACAGCAAGGUGGACCCAGAACCAUACUAUGAAGCUUGUGUACAUGAUGCAUGUGCCUGUGACACUGGGGGGGAUUGUGAAUGCUUCUGUACUGCAGUUGCUGCCUAUGCUCAAGAAUGCACUAAAGCUGAUGCCUGUGUCGAUUGGAGAACUCCUGAAAUAUGCCCUAUCUAUUGUGAUUUCUACAAUCCUUCUCCGGAAAUAUGUGAAUGGCACUAUGAACCUUGUGGACGAGACCUUCUAGUCUGUGUGAUUCCUGAUAAUAUUGGUAACAUCACAGUGCCACGACUGGAAGGUUGCUACCCACGAUGUCCUCCAGAGACGCCUUUCUAUGACACAGGGACCAACACAUGUGUUGCAGAAGAUGAGUGUUCUUGCUACUACGAUGGCGUGUACUAUCCAAGUGGCCAACUUAUACCCAACUACCAACCCAAAGACCUGUGUGAAGACUGUUUUUGCAUCACAGGAUCCAAUGUGCAAUGCAAGAAAAGAGAUGCUCCAUGUGUCUGCCAUUGGAGUAAAUGGUAUGAUGUCAGUUAUCCCACAGAUGAGCCAGGAGGUGGUGACUAUGAGACAUAUGAUGCCAUAAGAAAUAAAGAAAACACUCAAAUAUGCUCAAGCCCAUUAGCUAUAGAAGCCAUACAGUGCAGGGCUAAAGCUGCACCUGAUCAAAGUUUGGAAGCCUUGGGCCAGAAGGUGGAGUGCAAUGUUACCUAUGGACUCAUUUGCAGAAAUGAAGAUCAAGAUCAGACAGUGUGGAACCUCUGUUAUAAUUAUGAGAUCAGUGUGUACUGUUGUUCACCUUUAUGUGGAACGACUACUGUCACCACAACCACACCAACUACCACUACACCAACUACAACUACAUCAACCACUUCUCCUACAACAACCACUACAACCACGGCCUCUCCUACCUCUACUCCCACUACAACUCCUACCACUACUCCCACAACAACCACUACAACCACUUCCUCUCCUACCACUACUCCCACUACAACUCCUACCACUACUUCCACAACAACUACUACAACCACUACCUCUCCUACCACUACUCCCACAACAACCACUACAACCACUACCUCUCCUACCACUACUCCCACAACAACAACUACAACCACUACCUCUCCUACUACUACUCCCACAACAACCUCUACAACAACCUCUACUACUACUACUACUACCACCACAACCACCACCACCACAACUACUCCAACUACAACUACAACAACUUGUGUGCCUUCGAAAAUUUGUGAGUGGUCCCAGUGGAUUGAUGUGGAUUUUCCCCAUGAUGGCUUAGAUGAGGGUGACAAUGAAACCUAUGUCAACAUCAGAGCCCACAACAUCUCUAUUUGCGAGAGGCCAGAAAAUAUAUCAUGCCGUGCUGUGAAAUUUCCACAAACCUCCAUCAAGGAUUUGGGACAAAUAGUGGAAUGUGAUGUUACGACUGGGCUGAUUUGCCACAAUAAGGAUCAGCCGAUUGGGUUAUACCCUCAGCCUCAGUGUAACAACUAUGAAAUCAGUGUGUACUGCUGCAAAACUAUUACUUGUGAAACUCCUCCAACUACUACUCCUUCCACAACUACAUCAACUACCACUUCACCAACUACAACUUUCACCACAACCUCUACAACUUCUACCACUACAUCAACCACCACUCCUACUACCACUCCGACCACUACGCCAACUACCACUCCUACUACUACACCAACCACCACUCCUACUACCACUUCAACCACCACUCCCACUCCUACUACCACUUCAACCACCACUCCCACUCCUACCACUACCUCCACAUCACCUACUACUACACCAACAACAACCACCACCACCACUCCAACUACUACGCCAACUACCACUCCUACUACUACACCAACCACCACUCCUACUACCACUUCAACCACCACUCCCACAACUACACCAACUACCACUCCAACCACUACCUCCACAUCACCUACUACUACACCAACAACUACCACCCCAACUACUACACCAACUAACACUCCUUCUACUACACCAACCACCACUUCUACUACCACUUCAACCACUACUCCCACGACUACACCAACUACCACUCCAACCACUACAUCCACAUCACCUACUACUACACCAAUAACUACCACCACCACCCCAACUACUACGCCAACUACCACUCCUACUACCACUUCAACCACCACUCCCACGACUACACCAACUACCACUCCAACCACUACAUCCACUUCACCUACUACUACACCAACAACUACCAUCACCACCACUCCAACCACUGCACCAACUACCACUCCUACUACUACGACCUCAACUUCACCUACAACUACAACAAUUUGUGUGCCUUCGGAAAUUUGUGAGUGGUCCCAGUGGAUUGAUGUGGAUUUCCCCCAUGAUGGCUUAGAUGAGGGUGACAAUGAAACCUAUGUCAACAUCAGAGCCCACAACAUCUCUAUCUGCGAGAGGCCAGAAAAUAUAUCAUGCCGUGCUGUGAAAUUUCCACAAACCUCCAUCAAGGAUUUGGGACAAAUAGUGGAAUGUGAUGUUAUGACUGGGCUGAUUUGCCACAAUAAGGAUCAGCCAAUUGGGUUAUACCCUCAGCCUCAGUGUAACAACUAUGAAAUCAGUGUGUACUGCUGCAAAACUAUUACUUGUGAAACUCCUCCAACUACGACUCCCUCCACAACUACACCAACUAUUACUUUCACCACAACCUCUACAACUUCUACCACUACAUCAACCACCACUCCUACUACCACUCUGACCACCACUCCAACUACCACUCCUACCACUACUUCCACAUCCCCUACUACUACACCAACAAUUACCACCACCACUUCUACUACUAUGCCAACUACCACUCCUACUACUACACCAACCACCACUCCUAGUACCACUUCAACCACCACUCCCACGACCACUCCAACUACCACUCCUACCACUACCUCCACAUCACCUACUACUACACCAACAACUACCACCACCACUCCUACUACUACGCCAACUACUACUCCUACUACUACACCAACCACCACUCCUACUACCACUUCAACCACCACUCCCACGACCACACCUACUACUACUCCUACCACUACCUCCACAUCAUCUACUACUACACCAACUACUACCACCACCACCACUCCAACUACUACGCCAACUACCACUCCUACUACUACCACCUCAACAUCACCUACAACUACAACUGAGUGCUUCGUCUGCCAGUGGUCUGAAUGGAUCAGUGUGAGUAAGCCAAACUAUGCUGACAAGGAUGGAGUGACUACUCCAUCCAGCACCACCAAAACUACCACAAAUAUUCCAUCAACCACCAUCACCACAACAGCUACACCAACAACCACUACUACAACUGAGAUACCAACAACCACCACUACAACCACAACUACUACUGAGGCAACAACUACACCCACUACUACAACAACAGAGACAACCACAACUACACUCACAACCACAACCCCAUAUGAACACAGCUCAACUACAACCACAACAGCUACACCCUCAACCACAACUGAGACAACCACAACUACGCCCACGACUACUACCACAACAGAGACUACCACAACUACGCUUACAACCACAACCCCAUAUGAACACAGCUCAACUACAACCACAACAGCUACACCCUCAACCACAACUGAGACAACCACAACUACACCCACGACUACUACAACAACAGAGACUACCACAUCCACGACUACUCCCACAACCACAACUACAACUGAGACAACUACACCAACAAGUACAACUACUGAGACAACCACAACUACACCCACAACUACCACCACAACUGAAACAACCACAUCUACAACUACGCCCACAACAACUACUCCACCCACAACUACGCCCACAACAACAACUACAACCACACCCACAACAACAACAACUGAGACAACCACAACUACACCCACGACCACUGAGACAACCACAUCCACAACUACAGCCACGACUACAUCUACUCCCACGACCACAACUACCACUGAGACAACCACAACUACACCCACAACUACUACAACAGAGACAACCACAUCCACAACUUCACCCACAACCACAACAACAGAGACAACCACGUCCACAACCACAACUACUACUGAGACAACUACGCCCACAACUACUACCGAGACAACUACGCCCACAACCACAACUACUACGGAAACAACUACAUCCACAACUACACCCACAACCACAUCUACAACUGAGACAACCACAACUACACCCACAACCACACCCACAACCACACCCACAACUACAACCACAACCACAACUGAGACAACCACAACUAUGCCCACAACCACAACUACUACAGAGACAACCACAUCCACAACCACAACUACUACGGAGACAACCACAACUACACCCACACCCACAACUACACCCACAACCACAACCACAACUGAGACAACCACAACUACACCCACACCCACAACUACAACUGAGAUAACCACAACUAUAAGUACAACCCCAAAGUUACCGUGUCAAACCGAAAAUGGAACUGUUCAGCCUGGAGAAAAGUGGUGGAUAUGUGAAUGUACCCAAGCCGUAUGUAUUGAAGAUGAUAAAUGGAUAAUCGUGACUAUACCAUGCAACCCACCUCCCAAGCCCGUGUGCUCCAAUGGGCUUGCCCCUGUGCGAGUCGUGAAUGAUGAUGGGUGCUGCUGGCACUGGGAAUGUGACUGCUAUUGCACUGGCUGGGGAGACCCACAUUAUACGACGUUUGAUGGCAUCUACUACAGUUACCAAGGCAAUUGUACUUAUACUUUGGUGGAAGAGAUUCAUAAAACCAUUGACAACUUUGGAGUGUAUAUUGAUAAUUACCACUGUGAUUCAAGGGAGGUCGUCUCCUGUCCACGCACACUCAUUGUCAAACACGAGACCCAAGAAGUGCAUGUGAAAACAGUCAGAAUGAUUCCUAUGAAAUUAGAGGUGACUGUGAAUGAUGUGGCUGUGGCAUUACCUUUCAGAAAAUAUGGUGUCUACAUUUAUGAGUCAGGUCUAAACUAUCUGGUGGAAAUUCCUUUAUUGGGAGUGAAUGUAUCUUACAAUGGCGUAUCCUUCACUAUUAGAUUGCCUUAUCGUACGUUCGGUGGUAAUACACAGGGACAGUGUGGCACAUGCAACAACAAUAAAAAAGAUGAUUGCAGGCUACGCAAUGGAACCAUUAUAGACAACUGUAUAACCAUGGCAGAUGACUGGGUUGUCAACGAUCCCAACAAGCCCCAGUGCCCUCACCAACCACCUCCAACAACAACAGUUCGCCCCCCAACCUGCCAACCUUCUCCACUCUGUGAGCUUAUAAAGGAUACCAGCGUAUUCGGGAAAUGCCAUGCUGCUGUAAAUUUUGCAAACUACUAUGCAGCCUGUAAAUACGACAGCUGUUUUGUUCCUGGGCGUAAAAUGGAAUGUGCAAGUCUUCAUAUCUAUGCAGCAAUCUGUGCAGACCAAGGUGUUUGCAUUGACUGGAGAAGCUACACCAAUGGCUCAUGUCCCGUUGAGUGUCCAUCUAAUAAAGUUUACAAAGCAUGUGCUUCUUCUCAAGAAGAAACUUGCAAAUCAGGUGUAAUAGGACGCAACGAUACACAGCUAAGAGAAGGAUGUUUCUGCCCAGAUGGGACAGUUCUUUAUGAUGCUGCCGUGGAUGUCUGUGUGAGAACCUGUGGAUGUGUUGGCCCAGACAAUGUACCCAGGAAGUUUGGGGAGAAGUUUGAGUUUGACUGCAAAGACUGCAUUUGCCUGGAAGGAGGCAGUGGCAUCAUUUGUGAGACCCAUCAAUGCCCACCAAUAUCCACUAAUGAAACAUGUGAAGGAGAAGGAUUCUACAAGAUCACUGAAGUCAAUCCUGGUGACAAGUGUUGUUCUACUACCAGAUGUGUGUGCAAUUCCAGUGACUGCUCAACUAAGCCUCCUGAUUGUCCACCAGGGUUUCAAGCUUCUUCUGAGGUUCCUGUAGGUGGCUGUUGCCCUGUUUAUGAAUGCAAGCCUAAGGGGGUUUGUGUGCAAGAUGGUAAUGAGUAUAAGCCUGGUUCUGAAGUUGUAGGAGCGAAGUGUGAGCAAUGUCUGUGCACUCACAAUCAAGACAAGAAGACACAAUUGAAUAUCAUAACCUGUGGCCAUGUCCCAUGCAAUGUGACAUGCGAACAAGGAUAUUCUCUCAUAUUGUACCCUGGUGAAUGCUGUGGGAAAUGUGUGCAGACAUAUUGUGUGGCACAAACAAAUGAGAAGGCUCUCCUCUUAAGACCUGGUGAACAAAUGAGUGAUCCGAAAGACAACUGCACUGUUUACAGCUGUGUGAAGAUCAAUAACCAGCUGAUCUCUUCCACUUCUGUGAUUAGCUGCCCACCGUUUAAUGAGGAGAGAUGUGAACCUGGCACCAUUUCAUUUUUGCCUAGUGGCUGUUGCAAAACAUGCCACUAUGUGACAUCAGAGACAACACCAACAUGCUAUCCUUCUGUAAGCAAGGACUACAUUACUUACGAGGGCUGUCGUUCAGAGGACCUAGUUGCUGUGAACCAGUGUGAGGGAACAUGUACAACUUCAUCAAAAUACUCUUCUCAAGCCAACUCAAUGGAACAUAAAUGCAGCUGCUGCAGGGAGUCAAAAACCACCAUGAAAGACAUCACACUGAUAUGUCCUAAUAAACAGCUCAAGAAGCAUAGCUACCUCCACGUGGAAAGUUGUGAAUGUCAAGAGACUGACUGUGAUGCAGCAGAAGAAUCUCAAAGACGAAAGUAGCAUGGCACAGUCUAAGGACUGGAAGAUGAACAGAAUUAAUCAGGAGAACAGUUAAAAGAACAGUAAAGUGAAGAAUGGGACUGAUGUUCUUAACCUAAACAUCAGGUUAAAAAAUGUAAAAAUUAAA